AUGACAAUGAAGACGGAUGGCACAGGAUCGAUUGUCAGUGAGGUAUCCUUCGAUGAAGAAACCCUCGACAGUCGCAGCCAAAACUCCAGCUUCCUCGAGGUGACAGUGGCAGAUGAGCAUGACGAUGAACAUGAUGCUUCUCAUACCCGUCAUCGCCAUGUAACCAAUGCCGAUGGCAAGAUAGUUUCCACUGGAAAAGGGAAACUGAAGGGCAGCAGUAAAAAUCUGUCGCCACAAGCAGCUGGAAAUCGUGCACGAUGUGACAGCAACAAUUCGGGCUUUUCAGCUGGAAAUCGCGCACGAUGCGACACCAGCGAUUCAGGCUUUUCACUGGUGCUCCGCCCCGAUUUGGAUCGAGAUGUUAGCGCCUUGACGGAAUGUUUGGUGCCUGCCUCGCCGUCCAUGAGCAUACCGCAAUCGCCAGCCUUUCGGCAUUCCUCGAAUGACCAUCAAACAAGACCUAAACGAAAAGAUUCAGGCUUUGAUUUGGUGGUAUCCAAUCAUUCGAUUCCAAUGAGUACUCUGACAAUGACGGUGGAUUCUGCAUCGGAACGUGGAUCUACGACGGGAGGACCAGUUGCCAAGCAUCACGACUUUGGUGACGACUUUCAUCAAAAAUGGCUGAACAGUACUCCUCGCAAUGUAGAUGGGACAAUUCUGGAAGAUGAGAGUGAAGACAGCUUUAGGAUCUUUGAAAGCGAUGGCAGCAGCUCAUGCUGCCACUUUACACCCGUAUCCUUGAUCAAGCCACCAAAGCAGCCUAGAGGUUCCAAAAAGAAAGCGACGAAGUCACUCAGACCAAAGGGCAAGGAAAAUAUUAAAUCUUCAUCCAAACCGAAAAGUGUCGCUGACAAAGGAAAGAUUUCCAAACCGAUCUUGGCGACAAAGCAAGAUUCCGCACGUAGCCUUGACUCCAAGUCCAGCAGGAGAAGCAGCAGUGCUAGCAAAGGCAAAACUUCGAAACCUGCAGUGGUGGCAAAACCAGAUUCCUCUCACAGCAGAUCGGGAUCCAAGUCCAAAUCGAAAAGCAAGAAGAAGAAGAAGUCCAAUAGUAGCAUUAAAACCAAGAACACACUUCGCGAUUCAGCAAAAAGCGAGGAGCGAGAUCAAUCCACUCCCAACAAGAAUGGUAAAUUCAAAGAGAACGAGCGAGAUGGUCCCAGCUCUCCCGAUUCCAAAAAGUCCAUAAAAAGAAGAAGGUCCAAGAACAAGGAAUCAAGGCAAGAUGGUAGCUUGUCUCCCGACAAAGUCAAGAAGCAAUCAUCUGAAAAGCGAAUAUCGCUAAGCCCGAAAAUGAGAAAUUCUUCUUCUUCUUCUAGUCCAAGGACACCUAAAGGUUCCAAGUCGCGAAAGUCCACGAAGGCGAAAGCAUCCAAGACCACCACUAGAAAGACUAGCAAGAAUCAAAACGAUUCUUCUGGAAUUAGAAAAGAUCCACCUGAGGAAAUGAUGGAUGAUGCCGAAUCAUGUACGAUCAAUAACCGCACAGUUCCAGCAAUUCCCAUCAAACCCACGGUGGUGAUGGCACAAACGAGCGACUCCUCGUCAUCACAGCAUAGCGGGUGGUGGUCUCUGACAGGCAGCAGCAACCCCACGAAAUCGCGAUUUUCGACCAUGGAAGGGUCCCCCACGACGACCACCAAAUUUGGAAAGAUGAAUCUUCGAAUGCCAAUGAUGAUGGACGCCCCAAAGUCACCGUCCAUGUUUGGGAAAUUGCGACGAUCGACCAAGGCAAGGGUGCGCUCCUAG